UUGAUAAGCGUAUCACAAAGAUUGGAAAACUGGGGUUAGAAAAAGCUGUUCGCAUCGGACCCUCCGCCUCGGAUUCAGUCUUGAUAGAACAGCCGCUGAGUUCACACGCAAACUCGCUCCCAACGCGCUUCACACACGCAAUUAUAAGAACAAUGAUAGUACGUCAUUAAUUAAGCGUUAUUUUUUCACUAAUAUAAAGCAUUGUUUGUGACAAACGACACGAGAAAACUGCACAGGACAUGAUAUAGAUUGCGAUACCAUGCGGGUGUGAUGACUCAGGCGCGGGAAGCACUCGGCAUCAUGGACGGGAACCCACCCAACUGCGACUUCUCCACGAAGACUCAGCGGGGAGUCUACCUCUCCAAGAGUCUCACUUUCGUUAUCCUCGUCAUAUUCGCCUUGGCACUAGUCGCGACCUCCUUCAUCGUCUAUAACUUCGCGGCCUGCCCCAGAACCGACCAAUUAGCUAACGUCACGAAGUACGAACUCACGCAUUGCGAUCAGAACAAACUUCUGGUUCUACCGAUCACCACUGAGUCUAGUAAAAGCGUCAUCCCAUUAGAAACUACCACCCUUCCCACUACCACCGAAGAAGCGGAAGUGACAGUCACCGAUGUACGUUUACCGAACAACAUCAAACCUGAUCGGUAUUACUUAAAAUUGACCCCUUACAUAUACGAAGGUAACUUUACGUUCGACGGUGUUAUAAGUGUUGUGGUGACAGUGAAAAAUGACACUAAAGAAGUGACUUUCCACGGUGUUGAAUUGACUUUUGACAGUAUAAAGUUGUUCGAGAAAGCUGGUGAUGGAAGAGAGAUAGCCGUCAUGACAAAAACAGAAGAUGUGCCGAGACAGUUUCAUAUAUUAAAACUGAACGAAACUUUGAAGGCGGGCAAGCAGUAUGUGUUGAAUAUAACAUAUACGGGGAUCCUAAACGAUAAUCUUCACGGCUUCUACAGAAGUUCUUAUGAGGACAAGAAUGUUACGAGAUGGAUAGCUGUAACCCAGUUCCAGGCGACGGAUGCCCGCAGAGCGUUCCCGUGCUGGGACGAACCCGCUUUGAAGGCUAGAUUCACUAUAAGUAUAGCCAGACCAGCCAACAUGAGCUCUGUGUCGAAUAUGAAUGCUAUCGGCAGAGAAAAACACGCAACUCUUGAAGAUUACAUAUGGGAUCAUUACGCCGAAUCUUUGCCGAUGUCUACGUACUUGGUCGCAUUCGCUGUGACAGAUUUCGGUAGCAUCAGCGACCAAAACUUCACCGUUUGGGCGAGGAAGGAAGCCCUCUCGUCUGCCAAAUACGCUCUGAACAUAGGUCCGAAGAUACUGAAGUUCCUGGAGGAAUACUACAAGAUCAAGUUUCCCCUACCGAAGAUAGACAUGAUCGCUCUGCCCGACUUUAAGGCGGGUGCAAUGGAGAACUGGGGUCUGCUAACCUUCAGGGAAUUAGCAAUGUUGUACGACAGUGGAGUGUACCCGACCACGGCUAAGGCGCGCGUGGCAGCUGUGGUCGCACACGAGAUUGCCCACCAGUGGUUUGGUAACCUGGUGACCCCCGCCUGGUGGUCCGACAUCUGGCUGAACGAGGGAUUCGCCAGCUACGUGGAGUACGUAGCUGUGGACGCUGUGGAAGAAACCUGGGAGUCUAUGGAAGUGUUCGUUCUAAAUGAGGUGCAGAGUGUGUUCAAGCUGGAUGCGCUUACUUCCUCGCACCAGAUCUCCGUGGAGGUCGGGAACCCUGAGGAGAUUGGAGCUAUAUUCGACAAGAUAUCAUACGGCAAAGGAUCAGCGAUCCUCCGUAUGAUGAACCACUUUCUGACUGACGACGUGUUCAAUGCUGGCAUAACUGACUACUUGAACGCCAAGAAGUUCGGUGACGCCGAGCAGAGAGAUUUGUGGAGUGCGCUCACAAACGCUGCUCAUCAGAGGGGCGCUUUGGAUGCUGACGUCGCCGUUAUCAUGGACUCAUGGACUCUGCAGACGGGAUUCCCAGUGCUCACGAUCAAGAGGAACUAUGACACAGGAUUGAUCUCCUUCAAACAGGAGCGUUUCGUCCUCAUAAAUAAUACAUCUACCAACGAGACCUCCCCCGUCUGGUGGAUCCCGGUAUCCUAUACUACAGCAUCAGAAAAGGACUUCAAGUCCACCAGACCGAAGUUGUGGCUGCGAGGCGAGAGAGGCAUCGAGGUGAACAACAUUACCGCUGCCAAAAACGAGUGGUUCAUAGCGAAUAUACAACAGACAGGUUUCUACCGCAUAAACUACGAUGAGAGAAACUGGCGGCUGUUAGUCGAAGUCUUGAACGAUCCACACAGGUUCCAAGAGAUCCACCCCAUCAACCGGGCGCAGAUUGUGGACGACGCCAUGAAUCUGGCAUUAACUGGCAGAUUAGACUACAGAACUGCUUUAGACAUCACCAGUUAUCUGACUCACGAAAGGAGCUACGUGCCUUGGAAAGCUGGAUUGAUGGUCCUGGGAUAUAUAGACACAAUGCUGUCGAAAGGAGCUUACUAUUUGGAAUAUAAGCGAUACGUCUUACGCCUUCUCGAUGGAGCUGUAAAAGACCUGGGAUGGGAGGUACCAGCGAAUGAGAACGUGGUACGAGCUCAACAGCGCGCCGACUUACUGUCCACAGCCUGUCAUCUGGAACAUCUCGACUGUCUGGGGCAAGCUGUCAGGAUGUACACCAAUUGGAUGCUGACGCCCAACCCUGACGCUUACAACGAGAUACACCCGGACAUUCGUAGUACGGUGUACUGUGUGGGUAUACAGGCAGGCGGCGAGCGAGAAUGGCGGUUCGCCUGGGAGCGGUUCCGUAUCGCUAGCGCACCCGCGGAGAGGGAACUACUGCUGACUGUACUCGGUUGCACCAGGGCACCAUAUCUUCUGUACAGAUACUUAGAACUGUCAUUGAGGAAUGACAGCGGUAUUCGUAAGCAGGACACUGUGAGGGUGUUCUCUUCGGUUGCCGGCUCAGCAAUAGGUCAACCGAUUGCCCUGAACUUCGUCCGAGCCAACUGGAUGCGGAUGAAAGAAUAUGUCGGCUCCAUAUCAACACUGAACACGAUUUUAAAGGUGGUGACUCGAAGGUUAAAUCAACCCCAUGAACUGGAAGAGCUCAAGAGGUUCAUAGCGGAAUCAUGCUCGGAGCUAGGGAGACCAGUGCAGCAAGUUCUAGAACGAACAGCCGCCAACAUUCAGUGGAUGGAAAACAACUAUCAAACCAUUGUAGAUUGGCUUCUUGCCGCUGACAACAGCACCAGAACUUGGUGACGAGAACUCGACAGAGACAGAAACAACACGAACUAGAACAGUAAAAAGAUAAGAAAGAUCCGCAUAAGUCUAUCCUUUUCAGCCCUGAAGAGUCCCAGAUUGAAAGAAAGCUGUAAGCUUUUGGAAAAGCUUUGAAGAAGUUCGGGCGUCGGUUAAAUAAACAGUGUCUAAUUGCAGUUGAUGUGCUUCAGUAUUCAACAAUCUAUCCCUUUUCAACAAUGAAAAAGUGGCGUGAGCUAGAAUUGUCGAGAACUAGAAAAAUUUAAAGAAUUCGCAUGAUUCGAAAUGUGCUUCCGUAUAACGAGUCUAUCCCUUUUCACCUUCAAUAAGUGUUAGUCACAAGAAAGAGAGCGAAAGCUUUAGGCGUUAAUAAAAAAAAUGAGGAAAUGAAUACAUUGGCUCAGUAAUAAUAUCUUAUCAUACUAAAUUCAGUUUGGUCACUGUUAUUCGCUUAAAACGUUAACCUUAUUUUAGCAUACCAUUAGUUUUUUACUUAUUAUCUAAGUAGUAUGCCAAACAUUGUGUCAAAGCUGCACCUCGAAAUCAGGCUUAGAGUAAAAAAUGUAAUUUUCCGGUUGCUAAGACCAUGUAAUUUUGGAAACCACCAAAUGUUAAAAAAUUACCAUAUCUCUCAAUAUCUAAAAAAUUGUCUGCAAUAUUUUUGCCUUAGUUACGUAAAUUGGAUUCAACAAGUCACAAUUCGAGUCAUAAUUUACUGUUUGCAUCUGUCUCAUCUCAUUAUCGACGAUCUAUAAAAGUUAAUUAAAUCUGAAACAAAAUGAGAAACAAAUGACGAGAGCUAUUCAAACGAAAAUUGUGUUGCACCACAGAGCCAGUUAAAUUAAAAUUUUACUACCUGUGGUCUGUGUGAGCAAAAUGUUCGUCAAAAUCUUCUGUUAUAUUUUAAUAUUUUCUGAUCCAUAUCUAUUUAUCUAUACUAUAUUUAAAUAUUGUAUUAUAAUAUUGCGUGGCAGAAAUCCGCCACUUCUACAGACAAGGGUUUUUUGACAUUGGCAGAAAUCUGCUAUUUACAUAGACCACGGGCGUCAACCGCCCUUGCUUGAAUUAUGAUCUCAUUUCGACUCUCACCAAAUGAUGCAACCCAUUUCUUACUGAACAGUUAAGGUAUGUUGAUGUAACUCACGUUUAAAGUUUGUUAUUAUGACAACAGCUUUUUUUUUUUUUUUUUUUGGCGGUAGGCGAAAAAUAAAUAACAUUGUUUUGAACCCUAAGAAAUUUUAAUUUGCUAAAAAAAUAUUUACAUCAAAGUUUAAAGUGAAAUCUUAUUAAAAAUUUAAAGAGUAACUUACAAAUAACAACAUAUUUUGUGGGCAACUCUCUUGAAUGCUUAUUUAAGCAGCCACCCUCACAUCCCUACCAUCACUUAUAUUUCUCACUAUAACACAAUAUUGUUUCUUGUUGAUCAACGUUAUUCACUCUCUGAAGUCAUGGCCAGUGUUGCUGCAGUACUGGAGACACAGAAAUCCCUGGAGUCAAUACUGAUGAACAGGAUGGGCGACUUGGAAGCUCAGCUUAAAUCCUCUUUUUGCAAGAAAGACGGGGACAAUUUGCUAAAGAUCCAGGAAGAGUUUAACACCUUCAAAGAUGUUGUUCACAACAUACUGCAACUCUUGCGGCAGCAGAUCACUGAAGUCAUCAAAUCUGUGGAUGCGAUCGAGACCAGGCAUCGGCAAAAGUGCCUUCUCCUUAGUGGACUACCGGAGGGAUCUGAUGCUGAAUUGGCAAACAAUGCUGUCUCCUUGCUUCAGAAACAUCUUGGACUCUGUGAGAUUACUGGUGAAAGCAUCAAAGCAUGUUACAGACUGGGCCGGUACAAGGAGGGGCGCAAUCGCCCAGUUGUCAUUCAAUUCACUGGUCAACACAUUAGAUCUCUCAUAUGGAAAAACAAGACCAGGCUAAAAGGUUCCGAUUUGGUUCUGCAAGAGUUCUUGACCAGAAGCCGACAGUCUGCAUUCAGAGCAGCGAGGGAGCAUUUCGGCAUGAAAAGUGUGUGGACCUCGAGCGGUAAUAUUUGCAUCUCUACUCCGGAUGGUAACAAAGUACGCAUUCUUUCGAUGGACGAACUGAACAUGCUCACUACGAGAUUCCCAAAGCCGUCUCCCGUAGCUACCGUGUUGUCGGAGGACUCGUCCGUGGUUCCGGCGGUGUCCACAGCAGCGUCCGAGGACCCAACUCAGUCCUCCAAAGCGAUACAGACGAGGUCGAAACGAGUCAACAAAAACUCCAAGUAGCCUGAUGCCAAUCGCCGUACGUAAAUGUAGGCAUGACUCGAUUUUAUUUCACUUCCAAUGGUAAUGUAAUGUUGAUUAAUUUUUGUUUGUAGUUAUGACACUGACAUUUGAUGGCCUUAUGUCAUUUUUAUUUUAAAAACUUUUCCUCGUCUAGGAAGGCAAAGGAAUUUAAGUUCAUACGGUCUAUUUAUGUUAGUUUAAACUUUUUUUUUUAUUGGUUCUAACUAUGCUUUCAGUUUUUUUCCUUUAUUUUAUUAUAUAUGUAUUUACUAUCGAGUCAUGUACUGUCUGUUCUAUUUGUUACUGAAUUAGAUUUUAAUUAUAUUGUAAACAGUUUACCAGUGGGAUGUGUGGAAAUUUAAGAUGCAGUUACUUGCUAGCGAUUUUUAUAUGUAUGCUAGGUUCUAUUUUAAUUUCGUGUAAGUAUAAUUAUUGUAAUUUAGUAUAUAUUUUGUAUAUUUAUUUAUAUAUUUAUUUUGGUUCAUAGAUGAUAGAAAUGUCGGAUUCAGAGGUAUAUUUUUCCGCUAAUGAUAACACUUCAUAUAACUCUCUUGAUAAUUCAAGCGAAGACUCGUAUGAUAUUAGCACUGCUCUUAAAUGUGAAUUCCGUGACUACUGUGAUGCUUUUAAGAUUUGUCAUAUUAAUGCACAAAGCAUUCCACGGCACUAUGCUGACCUCCUUCACGCAUUCUCUUCGGAUACGGUUCAUGCCGUCCUGGUGUCAGAAAGUUGGCUUAAGCCAUGUCUAAAUUCUAAUUCAUACAACCUCCCAGGGUAUAACCUUAUUCGAAACGAUCGUAUUGGCAAAGGUGGCGGUGGGGUUGCCAUAUAUUUGUCAAAUGUCUUACCUUUCAAACUUAUAUGUUCUUCCUCCUUUCGUCUCGACUCUAUGGAAUAUCUUCUCCUUGAAGUCACUGUCAAAGGUAUCAAAAUUGCCCUGGGAGUUGUUUACUGCCCCCCUUCUAUAAAUUUCCUUACUGACUUUGAUUCACUUCUUAAUUCUGUUGCAACAGACUACUCUCAUCAUGUCAUAAUGGGUGAUUUCAACACCGACCUCCUGAAGGACACUACACACUCUCGCAACUUUCGAUCUCUCAUUGAGUCUGUAAAUUUCUCUAUUUUACGUCUUGAUCCAACUCAUCACAAUCACACCACAUCAGACUCAUGGAUUGAUCACAUCUUAGUAUCUUCACCUGAACGUGUCCACAAGCACGGACAGCUUCCCGCAUCUGGCUUUUCCAGACACGACCUCGUUUUUCUUGCUUAUAAGGCUAAACCUCCCAAGCCAAAGCCACUUAUUGUACAAAUGCGAAACUUUGCCAGACUGGAUGUGGAGAAGUUGAGAAGUGAUGCCUGCGCUGUUAACUGGUAUCCUAUUCGUGAAGCAACGUCCGUCGAUAGCAUGAUCACCUACUUCAACCAAGCCAUUUUAGACCUUUACGACCGUCACGCCCCUAAAAAGUGCGUUAAAUUAAAACGACCACCAGCGCCAUGGAUUACUGCGGGUGUUCGUAUGGCAAUGAGGAAACGGAACAAGUGCUUCCGAUCGUACAAACGUUGCCGUACUGAUGACAACUGGCGUGCAUUUAAAACUGCAAGGAAUCGUUGCAAUCAGAUGGUGAGAGCCGCUAAACGCCAAUACAUCCAUCAGAAUAUUUCAAAUUCAAAUCUAGCCGAUACAUGGAAGUUUCUUCGUACUCUAGGUUUUGGU